GAAAGAAGUAACUUUAAUAUUGUACUUAAUUGAAAAUAUACAGAAGGAAACAAUAUAAACAAGAAUAUGGAGAGUCUGAUGUCCUGCGGUCUUGCUUAAUAAGAACUCAUUUUCAAGAGACUAUAAUCUCCUCAACACAAAGCUUUCUACCAAGGAUCUUAAUAAUAAGAUUCUGAGAAAAUUCACACUCAAACAAGAUGCCACUAAAACCAAAACAAUGUGGGUAUUACCAGCUAUACAAAAGGUUGGUUUCUAUCUGAUGAGUCAUUUCUAAAGUGAUGAAAGUUUUUCAAGUGCUUUCUAUUCAGGCUGGAAAAUAUAUAAAGGCAAGAAUCAUUUACAAAGCAGGAUGACUGAGAAAUUUCACUUCAUUUUAUACAUCCUUGUCUGACUCUAUGCAAACAUCAAACUAAGGAUGGCAAAAAUGAGUUUCUCUUCCUACAUAUUAAUACUAACUUUUUCUUUGCUUUCUCAAGGCAUUUCAUUUUCAGCAUCCAAGUCGAUAAGAAAUUUAGAAGAUGACAUGGUAUUUAAAACGUUGAGGCUGGGGAAAGCCUUUCAGAAGGAAGAUACCGCAGAAAAAUCAAUUGUUGUUCCUUCCCUGGAGCAAUAUAAAAAUGAUGAGAGCAGUUUCAUGAAUGAUGAAGAAAACAAAAAUUCAAAGAAUGCGGGUUCCAAACAUAAUUUCUUAAAUCAUGGCCUGCCACUGAAUCUGGCUAUAAAACCUUAUCUUGCACUAAAAGGAUCUGUAGCUUUUCCAGCUGAGAAUGAAGUUCAAAAUACUGAAUCAACACAAGAAAAGAGAGAAAUUGGGGAUGAAGAAAACUCAGCUAAGUUUCCUAUAGGAAGGAGAGAUUUUGACAUGCUCAGGUGUAUGCUGGGACGAGUCUAUCGACCUUGUUGGCAAGUCUGAUGCCUGUUGGUCCACAUCAUCAUUUGAAAAGAAAGCAAAAUCAUUUAAUUGCCUCUCGGGAAAGAAGCCCUUAAUGUUACUAUGAUUUGUAUUAUUUUAAAUGUCUGUCUUAAAAGAAAGUGGAAUUAAGUUACGCCUAAAUGAUUGCUUUACUUGUGCAUUAAACUUUACGAAUUUUCUGCAAAA